GUAUUUCUUGGGAUUACCCCCCUCCCCCUGCCUUCCUCCUAGUGCCGUUUCGGUUUAACCUAGUGUGUGACUGUGAGUCUGUGUGAGGGGCCGAGUGUGUGAGGUACUUAGGUGAGGCGGAAGCUAGAGAAGGGGCUCCCUCAGGAGCGAGGGACAAAAGGGGCGUGAGGCACCUAGGCCGCGGAACCCCAGCGACAGGAAGCCGCCCCGAGCCGGGCUACCGGGUAGGGGAAGGGCCCGCGCAGUCCUCACAGGGCCCCAGAGCCAGAGUCGGCCCCACAGCACCGGGCCGUCGGCUUCCUACUUCUUCGACCUCCCCGGCGUCUGGGGCCCGAGGAUUGGCUCGGCGUGGGGAGGAGAAACAGAUUCGAGCAGCUACUUGUCUCGCAACUCCACUGCUGAGAACUCUCAUUUCUUCCUUGGCUCCUUCACCCCCACCUCAUGUAGGAGGGUGCUGAGGAGACGGGAGGGAGGAGGAACCUGGACUACCGUCCCUUCCCUCCCCACCCCCUUGUAGGGGCGCUUUGGUAGGCGUGGGGCUGGGGGGGAGGGUGGGGGUUACUUUUUGGAGUGCUGGGGAACUUUUUCCCCUUUUUGAGGCCAGGGGAAAGGGAAUGCCCAAUCCAGAGAGACAUGGGGGCAAGAAGGACGGGAGUGGGGGAGCUUCUGGAACUUUGCAGCCGUCAUCGGGAGGUGGCAGCUCCAACAGCAGAGAGCGUCACCGCUUGGGGUCGAAGCACAAGCGGCAUAAGUCCAAGCACUCCAAAGACAUGGGAUUGGUGACACCCGAAGCAACACCUUUGGGCACAGUUAUCAAACCUUUGGUGGAAUAUGAUGACAUUAGCUCUGAUUCCGAUACCUUCUCUGACGACCUGGCUUUCAAACUGGACCGGAGGGAAAAUGAUGAACGUCGCGGGACUGAUCGCAGCGACCGCCAGCAUAAACACCGUCACCACCAGCACCGACGUACCCGCGACUUAUUAAAAACUAAACAGACAGAGAAAGAAAAAAAAGUGGAAGCCUCCAGCAAGUCAGGCUCGACGAAAGACCGGAUAUCAGGAAGUUCAAAGCGUUCAAAUGAGGAGAAUGAUGACCACGGGAAGGCGCAGAUCUCGAAAAGCAGCAGCAAGGAAUCCAGGUCAUCCAAACUCCAUAAAGAGAAGACCCGGAAAGAACGUGAGUUGAAGUCGGGACACAAAGACCGAAGUAAAAGUCAUCGGAAAAGGGAAACACCCAAAAGUUACAAAACAGUGGACAGCCCCAAACGGAGAUCCAGGAGUCCCCACCGGAAGUGGUCCGACAGCCCCAAGCAAGAUGAUAGUCCCUCCGGAGCUUCUUACGGCCAAGAUUAUGACCUUAGUCCCCCGAGAUCUCACACCUCUAGCAAUUAUGACUCCUACAAGAAGAGUCCGGGAAGUACCUCUAGAAGGCCGUCAAUCAGCCCGCCUUACAAGGAGCCUUCUGCCUACCAGUCCAGCACUCGGUCACCCAGUCCCUACAGUAGACGACAGAGGUCUGUGAGUCCCUAUAGCCGGCGACGUUCUUCCAGCUAUGAAAGGAGUGGCUCUUACAGUGGGAGAUCACCCAGUCCCUACGGUCGACGGCGGUCCAGCAGCCCUUUUCUGAGCAAGCGCUCUCUGAGCCGGAGUCCACUUCCCAGUAGAAAAUCAAUGAAGUCUAGAAGUAGAAGUCCUGCAUAUUCAAGACACUCAUCUUCUCAUAGUAAAAAGAAGAGAUCCGGGUCACGCAGUCGACAUUCCAGUAUCUCACCUGUCAGGCUUCCAUUGAACUCCAGCUUGGGAGCUGAACUCAGUAGGAAAAAGAAGGAAAGAGCAGCAGCUGCUGCUGCAGCAAAAAUGGAUGGGAAGGAAUCCAAGGGUUCACCUAUAUUUUUGCCUAGAAAAGAAAACAGUUCAGUAGAGGCUAAGGAUUCAGGCUUGGAGCCUAAAAAGUUACCCAGAGGUGUAAAAUUGGAAAAAUCUGCCCCAGAUACUGAACUGGUGAAUGUAACACAUCUAAACACAGAGGUCAAAAAUUCUUUAGAUACAGGGAAAGUGAAGUUGGAUGAGAACUCUGAGAAGCAUCCUGUUCUUAAAGAUACGAAAGUACAGGGAACAAGAGACUCUAAACCUGUAGCACUGAAAGAGGAGAUUGUUACUCCAAAAGAGACAGAGACAUCUGAAAAGGAGACCCUUCCACCUCUUCCCACAGUUACUUCUCCACCUCCUUUACCAACUACUACCCCUCCACCACAGACACCCCCCUUGCCACCUUUGCCUCCACUGCCAGCUAUUCCACAGCAGCCACCUCUGCCUCCUCCCCAGCCAACAUUUAGUCAGGUUCUUUCUUCAAGUACUUCAACUUUGCCCCCCUCUGUUCAUCCAAGGACAUCUACUCUGUCCUCUCAGGCAAAUUCUCAGCCCCCUGUACAGGUUUCUGUGAAGACUCAAGUAUCUGUAACAGCUGCUAUUCCACACCUAAAAACUUCAACGUUGCCUCCUUUGCCCCUCCCACCCUUAUUACUGGGAGAUGAUGACAUGGAUAGUCCGAAAGAAACUCUACCUUCAAAACCUGUGAAGAAAGAGAAAGAACAAAGACCACGGCACCUACUCACAGACCUCCCUCUCCCUCCAGAGCUCCCUGGUGGGGAUCCAUCUCCCCCAGACUCCCCAGAACCAAAGGCAAUCACACCACCUCAGCAACCGUACAAAAAGAGACCAAAAAUUUGUUGUCCUCGUUAUGGAGAAAGAAGACAGACAGAAAGUGACUGGGGGAAACGCUGUGUGGACAAGUUUGACAUUAUUGGGAUUAUUGGAGAGGGAACUUAUGGCCAGGUAUAUAAAGCAAAGGACAAAGACACAGGAGAGCUGGUGGCCCUGAAGAAGGUGAGACUGGACAAUGAAAAAGAGGGCUUCCCAAUCACAGCCAUUCGUGAGAUCAAAAUCCUUCGUCAGCUGAUCCACCGAAGUGUUGUUAACAUGAAGGAAAUUGUCACAGAUAAGCAGGAUGCACUGGAUUUCAAGAAGGACAAAGGAGCCUUUUACCUUGUGUUUGAAUAUAUGGACCAUGACUUAAUGGGACUUCUGGAAUCUGGUUUGGUGCACUUUUCUGAGGACCAUAUCAAGUCAUUCAUGAAACAGCUAAUGGAAGGAUUGGAUUACUGUCAUAAAAAGAAUUUCCUGCAUCGGGAUAUUAAGUGUUCUAACAUUUUGCUGAACAACAGUGGGCAGAUCAAACUAGCAGAUUUUGGACUUGCUCGACUCUAUAAUUCUGAAGAGAGCCGUCCUUAUACAAACAAAGUUAUUACUCUGUGGUACCGACCUCCAGAACUUCUACUGGGAGAGGAGCGUUAUACACCAGCGAUAGAUGUUUGGAGCUGUGGAUGCAUUCUUGGGGAACUGUUCACAAAGAAGCCUAUUUUUCAAGCCAAUCUGGAACUGGCUCAGCUAGAACUGAUCAGUCGACUCUGUGGUAGCCCUUGUCCAGCUGUGUGGCCUGAUGUUAUCAAGCUGCCCUACUUCAAUACAAUGAAACCGAAGAAGCAAUAUAGACGGCGCCUACGAGAAGAAUUCUCUUUCAUUCCUUCAGCAGCACUUGAUUUACUGGACCACAUGCUGACGUUAGAUCCUAGCAAACGUUGUACAGCUGAACAGACUCUACAGAGUGAUUUCCUUAAAGAUGUUGAGCUCAGCAAAAUGGAUCCUCCAGACCUUCCCCACUGGCAGGAUUGCCAUGAAUUAUGGAGUAAGAAACGGCGACGGCAGCGACAAAGUGGUGUUUUGGUAGAAGAGCCACCUCCACCCAAAGCCUCUCGAAAAGAAACUAUCUCAGGGACAAGUGCUGAGCCUGUAAAGAACAGCAGCCCAGCACCACCUCAGCCUGCUCCUGGCAAGGUGGAACCUGGGGCUGGGGAUGCAAUAGGCAUCGGUGAUAUCACACAGCAGUUGAAUCAAAGUGAAUUGGCAGUGUUACUGAACCUGCUGCAGAGCCAAACGGACCUGAGCAUUCCUCAAAUGGCACAGCUGCUUAAUAUCCACUCCAACCCAGAGAUGCAACAGCAGCUGGAGGCCCUGAACCAAUCCAUCAGUGCCCUAACGGCUGCCACUUCCCAACAGCAGGACUCAGAGCCAACAGCCCCAGAGGAAUCUUUGAAGGAGAUAGCCCCUGCCCCAGCAGUCCAACCUUCAGCAGAACAGACAACCCCUGAAGCUUCAAGCACACCAGCUGACAUGCAGAAUAUGUUGGCAGUUCUCUUGAGUCAACUGAUGAAAACCCAGGAGCCAGCAGGCAACCUGGAGGAAAACAACAGUGACAAGAACAGUGGGCCACAGGGGCCCCGAAGAACUCCCACAAUGCCACAGGAGGAGGCAGCAGCAUGUCCUCCUCACAUUCUUCCACCAGAGAAGAGGCCCCCUGAGCCCCCCGGACCUCCACCGCCGCCACCUCCACCCCCUCUGGUUGAAGGCGAUCUUUCCAGCGCCCCCCAGGAGUUGAACCCAGCCGUGACAGCCGCCUUGCUGCAACUUUUAUCCCAGCCUGAAGCAGAGCCUCCUGGCCACCUGCCACAUGAGCACCAGGCCUUGAGAUCAAUGGAUUACUCCACCCGACCCCAUCCCAACAGGACUUACGGAAACACUGACGGGCCUGAAACAGGGUUCAGUGCCACUGACACUGAUGAACGCAACUCUGGUCCAGCUUUGACAGAAUCUUUGGCCCAGACCCUGGUGAAGAACAGGACCUUCUCGGGCUCUGUGAGCCACCUUGGGGAGUCCAGCAGUUACCAGGGCACAGGGUCAGUGCAGUUCCCAGGGGACCAGGACCUCCGUUUUGCCAGGGUCCCCUUAGCAUUACACUCAGUGGUCGGGCAACCAUUCCUGAAGGCUGAGGGAAGCAGCAACUCUGUGGUACAUGCAGAGACCAAAUUGCAAAACUAUGGGGAGCUGGGGCCAGGAACCACUGGGACCAGCAGCUCAGGAGCAAGCCUUAACUGGGGGGCCUCAGCUCAGUCUUCUGCUUAUGGCAAAGUGUAUCGGGGGCCUACAAGAGUCCCUCCAAGAGGGGGAAGAGGGAGAGGAGUUCCUUACUAACCUAGAGACUUCAGAGUCCUGAAAGAUUCCUUCCCUAUCCAUUCUUCCAUCCAGUCCUCUGAACCUUUAAUGAAAUCAUUUGCCAGAGCGAGGUAAUCAUCUGCAUUUGGCUACUGCAAAGCUAUCUGUUGUAUUCCUUGCUCACUUGCUCCUAGCAAGCGACUUAUAAAAUAGUGAUGUGGCACCAGUUCCCCCUGGAUGGGAUGUAGUCAGAAUACUUACUUCAGCUCUACCUAGUGAAUACAAGUAGAGAAUAUGGAGAGGGUCAUUAAAUUGAAAAGUAAAUGUUUAAUUAGUUCAUUUCCUGCACUUCUUGAGCAGAAGAAAGAAACAGUUUCAAUUUUGAGAUGGCUCAGGAGAGGUUCUUAAAGUUUGUUUUUUUUUUAAUGGUUUCUUUUGAAUUUAGUUUUUUUGGUUUUUGUUUUUUGGUUUUUGGUUUUUUGUUUUUUAAAGAGAAUAGUGUUCACAGAAUUUGAGCUGCUCUUAGGCUUUUGCUUUAAGGGAAACAGAGCGACUGGCUGGUUUAAAUAAAUAUUUCCUUCCUCUCCACCAUCUCACAUUUUUGCUUUCAAGUGAACUCCUUUUUUACCCAUUGAGCAUCUUGAACAUACCUUUUUUCCAAAUAAAUUGCUCAUUCUUAAAGUUUGCUCCACUUUGAGAAAAGAUAUGCCCCCCCUCUCCCUGCACGUGAAGCAGGUUGUAGAAAGUGGCAUUCUUGGGCAAGUAGGUAGACUUUAUCCCAUCUCUUUUUCUUUUUUAUUCCAUCUUUAUAGACUUCUCUUUCUCUCUGUCUCUCUCUUUUUGAGACAUUUGUUUGGAAAAAAAAAUUAAUUGUUGAGAUGCCCAAGAACCUGGGAUAAUUCUUUACUUUUUUUGAAAUAAAGGAAAGGAAAUUCAAACUCCUAUAUUGUUCUCUGUAAAUGUUCAAUUCUAAAUUUUUUUUUUUUUAAACCAUGUUCUGAUGGUGAAGUUGAUUUGUAGAUGCAAACAGCCUAGGACAUUGCUGCUGAGGUAGGGUUAGAGAUGAUACCUCCAUACCUGGAGGGUUAGUAACAUCAGUUAGCAUACUGUUUACACAUAUUUUUUUAUGUCAAAAAAAACCUUUGAAACAGAGCAUUGUAAUAUUGUCAAAGAGGAAAAAAAAUACAUCCUGAAAAUUCAUGGAAAUGUAACUUAGUUUAGGGUGAAUAUUUUUCUGAAGAUAUAUCACUACCUGAGACCUUUUUAAAACAAAUAAUUUUAAAAGAGUAUCCCAUAAGAAAGAACAGUAUUGACAUACACACAUAUCAGCAUGAAUAUCCUGCCAAUUCUUUUAAAGAUUUUUCUCCAGAGAGAUUUGAUUUUGGUUUUGGUGAAAGGGGUUAAAUUAUGACUUCGUUUCAAGAAUUUUGCUUUAUUAUUAUCAGAAAACGAAAGAGGGGAAGACUUUCAGGGUGGGAUAACCUGGGAGGUUUCUCAUUCUGGCUUCCAGUUCUGUGUGAGUACCAGCAUAUAAUGUGUUUUUAAAACAUACACAUUUAUAGAAAUUAUCUGCACAGACCUAGAUGCUUGUGAAAUGUAGGUUAGCCCCCCUUUACAAAGAAAAGGCAAAUAUAUUUCAGCAUCUUGGAGAAUAGUUUACAGAACUCAAGUAAAGUUUUAUGUUUCAAUGCCAAGUUCAUAUAUUAAAAAAUAAACACUACUUGUGAGAGAGAGAUGCGUUAAUAAAAAAAAAAGAAGUUAAAGAAGAAUCCUCUUCUGAUACUUACAUGAAGACUAUUUUCCCCUGUUAACUGAAAUAGGCAGAUAUCUGGUGUGUGUAUUUCUUUAUUAUCCUCUGGGUUUUGGUCUGGCCUUGCUCUCAGGGCCAAUCAUUGAUUAAAAAGAGAAACUUCUAGCCAUUUUGGCAUUGAUGGCUUUUUAUACCGAUGAGUCCAGUUAGAUUUGCUAGACUCACUGACACACUGUUGGUAAAUUGCAUUAAAGUUCAUCUGAACCUUUUGUCUGCUGACUUCUUAGUCCUCAGACCUGGGCCUUUGUACUUUAGAAUAUUUGAAUUAAAGACAUUGGACCCAACUCUCCCGUUUUUGACUAGAGAACUUAAGCCUGGAUCCUUUCAAAAGUAUCCAAUGAGAAAAAUUGGUUUCCCAUCAAAUAUGAAUAAAAUCUCUCUAUAUUUUAAUUGUAUUUUGGGUAUCAGCAGUCAUCAAUAAUAUUUUUCCCUCCCCACUCAUUUUUAAUUAUGCCAAAUAUCCUAAAUAAUAUACUUAAGUCUCCAUUCCCCUAUCCCUUCUAUUAGGGAAGGGGGUGAGUGUGUGUGGUAUGUGUGGUGUGUGUUUGUGUAUGUAUGAUCCCAUUUCAACCCCCAUCCCCAUUUUGGGAGUUUAACCUUUAAAAAGAAAAGGUUUGGCAAUUUUGACUAUUUCUAAAGGCAAAGGGACAAAGAAACUCAAAUAUCCUGGAAUAUCUGUGUGGAGGAAGAAAAGGUAUUUGUUAAUUUUUCAGCUAUGUUAUCUAUAAAUGUGAUGGAAGUAAAGGUUUGGCAGAAUUUCUACUUAGGUAUUAGAAAAUUACAAACCCAAUUAUAUUCAAAAGUGGUUUUGGUUUUAAUUAUUGAACCAUGGGAGAUAUUAAGUCCAUUAAACACAUUAUUUUGAACAGAUGAGAAAUCUGAUUCUGUUCACAAGUGAGAGAGGCAAAACUGGUUUGAACAUGAUCAUUUUUGUGGUUUUGAAGACAAAUUUGUUUGACCCAGUUUCUUUAGUUUCUUCUUCAACUGUCCAUUGGAAUGAUAAGAAUUUGAAAACAACAUCAAAUCUAUACAUUUAAAAGCAGGGCAGUUAGCACAAACUUGUAAGUAGGACUUCUUUUAGCUUAUGCCAUAGACAUCACCCAAACCACUUUGUGUGUGUGUGUGUGUGUGUGUGUGUGUGUAAUAUGCAUAUAUAGUUACAGUACUAAAAUGGUUACCAGCAGGUUUUGAGAGAGAAUGCUGCAUCAGAAAAGUGUCAGUUGUGACCUCAUUCUCCCUGAUUAGGUUACUGACACUGUAUUCCUUUCUCUCUCUUUGUUUUGCCUCCCAUUGGGUUUACUUUGUUUAUGUACAGAUAUUUUGUAAUAUAUUAAAUUUUUUCUUUCAGUUUAUAAAAAUGGAAAGUGGAGAUUGGAAAAUUAAAUAUUUCCUGUUACUAUACCACUUUUGCUCCAUUGCAUUUACUUCUUAAUUUGUACCCUUUGAGCAGAUCUAAUUAUAUGUAUAAAGGGCAUUUUUCCUCCACUUUAUCCUAAGGGUGCUUUGUCUCAGAAUCUCUGUAGACUCAUAGACUACCAGAAAAAGAAGUUCUUAGGGUUUGAAGAGGUGCUUCAAAACAUUAUACUGGGAAUUAGAAAAUAAGAAUUGGGGGAAACCAUAAGAUGUGAUUUUCUAAAGUAGAAAACCAUUGUACAAAAGUAAUGAUGGUGCCAGGCCAUCAAAAGAGUUGAGCUUCAUGUACCCUGACUCCUUCUGAAAGGAGAGGUAAGUGGGUUUGAGCUCAACCGUCAUCAAGAGAAGUUGGUAUGAGGUUGUUUAGACCAAAAAAUAGUCUCUUCAAUCAGAGACCCUCAUCCCCACACCAGUUCCUGUGUUGCCAUGAGUAGGGUCAGCAUGGGGAUGGAUUAGUAUUCCCAGCUCUGUUGAGAUUUCCUGAUACAUUGCCAAUCCAGGAAGUAAGUCAAGAUUGUUGAUAGGGGUAAAAUUCCUGUUAUUUCCAAAACUUUUCCUGUCUCCAACUGAGGAGAAAAUUGCUUUCCCUUCUUCAUGGUCUAAGACACAGAAGACUAAACUUUGUAAUGUCUGUUGCAGUCCUGCUAGUUAAGACAUAAGUAGACAGAGGACAGGGGAAAAAAAGUAUCAGGAGACAAGAAGAGGGGACAUAGGUAUCAGGAAGUUGUGUGUGGAAUAAGCAAUCAUACAAGAUUAAAGAGUACAGCAGAACAAAGAAAUUAGAAAGAAAUCGAAUUCAAAAACGUGAUGAUGAGGAUUGCCAGUGUAUUUUUGGAUCCCCACAGUUUAAGUAUGAUGUUCCCUUGCCUGUGGGCUGUCGUAUCUUUACCCAAGGAGAAUGGAGAGCUCAAGAUUGUUCCAGUUCUGGAGUCUUGUGUUUCUUGUUAGUCUCCAGAGAAAAGGAAUUCGUUUUCAAUCUUUUUAUAUUGCAAGUUCAUGACUAGGAGUGUGAACUUCAACGUAAUAGAGAAUAUUAUUUCCACUUCAUAGGAAUGACCGUCUUUGAUUCUGGGCCUGAAAGCUGAGGACCUAUCUAAGCUGGACUUUUUUCUCCAUUACACUCAAGGCUAUUUCUAAGUAGGAACCAUAAUGUUCAGUACCUAAAUUUCUUAGGCACUAUCUUUUCCAAGAUAGGCAUCGUUAACUGGUGGUAAGGUUAAUGCCUCAAGUAAGUUAACAGUUCUUUGUGCUGAACUGGGAUUUUCGUUGUUAUUAAAGAUUGCCCCGUAGCUUGACUUUUUCUUUUCUUUUUCUUUUAAAGGUUUUGCAUUACUUCUCUGUUCACAAUUUAGUCAUCCUGAAGGGCUAGGGGAAAUGGAUGUGGGGAGUUCCUCAAGCGAGUAAAUAUUCAAACAUUCCAAAGGAGAAAUGAGCUGCUAAGUCUUCUGGUUAUCUUGAGAGGCAAGGUGACAGCAGCAGGAGGAGGAAUGGCCCCUGAGGAAUUUGGUAAUGUCCAUUAGUUACCUGACAUCCGGAGCCCUGGCAAAUUCACUCUUUCACAGAGUUUCAAGCCAGGUUUGAUGGGAGAUCCCCCCUGUCCACACACUGUGCAGGACACCGGAAGUAAGAGGUCUGCCAGCCUGCUUAUUCCCAUCCUCCAUGCCCAGAACUGAGCAGGUCACCAACCUACAGUGCCUGCCCCUACCCUUCUUCCAGCCAGCGAGGUGGAGGAGGAGGAGAGGCACUGGGAUUUCCCCCCAACUGCCAGGACCUUCAAAAAGGAUGGAACCGUACCAGUUGCCUCAUUUCUGAGCCCCCAAAUUACAGCCAGGAUAUUAGGUAAGGCUGUUUUCUUGUUCCUGAGUUUUGUGCAAUUGAGCUUGUUCCAGUGAGUGCUGUAAAAUUGUGAAAGGAAGGUGAGGACAGAGCUUUGAGGUCCUUGAAGGGUGAGGAUAAGAGCUAUGGACCAAGGAACCAGAGACUCUGGUGAGAGGGAGGAGAGGGGCAGGGUUCAGUGAUACUUCUGUGUGUUUAGACAUAAAAUAAGUGCCGUGGAGACUACAUGCAAAUGAGUGCUGAUGCCUUGGGGUAUGGAUCACAGACCCUUACUGUGGUGAGGAAGAGAACUUGGAGCUCGUCUCUUCAAACUGUUCGUUUUACAGAUGUGAAAACGGAGACCCAGAGAAGGGAAAUCAGUUGAAUCUUGUCCUGGAGUUGCUUUUGUUCCUGGAUUUGGGGUAUUCCUGGGAACACCAGAAAAUGUAGGUAGGUAGGGUAUCGGGAGGAAAGUCAAGGGGAAAGGUUUGGGAGAGUAUUAUUUUCCGUUUCUUGGAGUCUCCUGUCUCUGACCCCUGAGUUUUGAAAGCAACUUAAGGGAGUAAGGUGGGUGCAUUACUGGGUGGACAUUUCCCUCAUACAAUCUGUUCCAGAGGGCAUCUCCAUUCCCUUGCUUUCAUGUAGACAGAUCCUCCAGAACUACCCACUCCCAUGAGAUUUUACUGUAUUCGAAAAGGCUCAGGGAAGGAAAUACAUCAACUUACCCAGUUCCUUAACCAAGGUAUAGAUUCCCCAAUGGCGACUAAAUAUUGAACUUUUUCCGAGAUCUUAUCACAAAUUUCUCUGCUGCAGUAAAAACUGCUAGAGAAAAUUAUGCCCCAAAAUGUAGCAAGGUGUGGUCUUGUCCUAUGUCUAGGCCAAGAAGAGAGAUAGAAUUAAAACUCAAGGCUCUGAAAGCUGAGUCAGAAAUGCCCCUGUAUUUGUGCAGCACCAUGGCCCAAAGCUCUUAGUGAAGCCCCGUCUGAUUCUAUAAGGUAUUGAUGCACACUGGAGAGGGGGGCACGUUUCCAGCUGUCCCCACCCUCACCUCCUUCACUGUUCAGAUGCUAGAGUUAAGAAAGGUUUAUGGGGAGAAGUGACUUGCCCACCAAGUUGCCAAAGAUGGCAUUUCUUGGCAUCUCCUUCCUUCCUCAAAAAAGUCAACAUUAAAAAAAAAUUUAACAUUGUUUGUUCUGUGCUUCAUGAGACCAAGUUGAGGUCUGGACAAGGAUGGGCCGAGAGCUUGGAAAGCUGUGUGAUUUAAGAAACUUUGUCACACUCUCCAAGCCCCCAAUACUUAUCCCCUACUCCCAGAAAUAUGUUCUCAUCUCAGUACACCCACCAUUUAAUAUCCCCAAAGUCCCUAGGAAAGACCCAGAUGUGCCUUUCUAAGUGCCCGCAGGCUCACUCUUCCCUUUUCUUGGACCUUCAGGGCCAUCUCCUUGGCUGUCUGAUUCUCUGCCCUUUCUGCUACCAACAAGAUAAGGCGGCCCCCUUGCAUUGCCCCUGCUUCCAAGGAUCUGCAGGAAGAGUGUGUCCCACUGGUUGGGAAGAGAGCUGGAUGUCUGAACCUCCCACCUUGACACCUCGAAGGUCACCAAGCAGACCAUUCUCUAACUCCCAAAGCCAUGGAGGAGGCAAAGGAAGACAUUUCAGAGGUGGCGGUGCCAUGAUGUCCAUCAGUACCUGGGCAGAGAAGCCAAGGAGCAGAGACAGAGACCAGAGAGGGACAGGAGGAGACGCCUGCUCCUGAAACGCCCCCAUACCUCGUCCUGUCUCAUGCGCCUUCUCAUGUGCUGACAAGGCUCUGUGGCCAGGCUGUGCCAGGUUUCCUGGCUGGUGACCCUGCUCUGCCGUACGGGCAGCUGGCUCUCUGCUCCAGCACAGAGCACGUGCUGGGGUCUCUCACACUUCUUUCUAAUGCGUCUCAGUGUAUCUGUGGUGCAGAUUCCUAGGGAUUAAGAAGGGGACUGUGGCCCUGGGUGUAGGAAGAUGAUGGGCUCUUGGGUCCUGUAGGUGCCUGUCUGCCUGGCUGGAGUGGCUGUGGGGAGGGAGAAGGCUGCUGGCAGCUCAACUGAGCUCAAGGUUCUGGUGACUCAUAACAAUGGGGGGUGGCUCAUGAUAACACCAGAGGAGAAGGUGUCAGGGCCUGUUAGAGCUCCCUUUUGCCCCAUUUCUCCCCCACUCUGCGCUCUGUGGAUAGAGGUCUCAUCUGUAUUGUGGGGCAAGGAGAGACCCCAGCUAAGAAAGAAGAGAGGGAAAUAGGAGAGAAGAUGACAGGGAACGCUGAGCAUUCCCAGGGAGAGGCUUCUCAGUGAGGAAAGGAUAGGAGAGGCUAGUUAUUCUUACUCUGCCGUGUCCACGGGCUACACACAGGGUGGUGUGCUGGGCAGCUCGGCACUCCUGGGCAGACACAGCUACUCUCCCUGCCCUCUCUUGCCUGCCACAGCUCUGGGCACCCAGCUGACACCCAGAAAUUUUUUUAAAGUAGGGGGGCACUAUUUUAAGACCAGAACAUGGAAGGAUUACCACUUGGUCUUACACUUUCUUUGCUGGAAACAGAAACUGUGGUCUUCAAAGGUGCUGAUUUUCUCUUCCCUUACAGGCCAAGUAGGCGAUGUGCAUCUUCUCCAGACUUUCUGAAUCAGGGGGAUGAUAAAAUACUAUGUUUAAGGCCACACCAGCAGAACAGGACCAGAAAGAAAAUUAGGAGAACUAGCCAUGCCCCUGACCACAGUCCCAGGGGCCUCUCUGUUUCAGCAAAAGGAAAUAAGGAUCUUGGAUACCAGUGUAUCUAGACAAUUAAUAAAUAUCCUCCUCCUAACCUCAGAGAAGAAUCGGAGAGGAGUUCUCUGAGAGAACCUAAGUUUUCAUUCGCCUAUUUCUAUUCUUUUCACUGAUGGCAGCUCUGCUGUCCAGCAGCAGUGAGGGACCCCUCUGCUGGGAUGCUCCUGGGGAUCCAGAGACAGUUUUGGCUGGACAAAGGGACAGGCUAGCUGCUCUUUGUGUAGGGAGACGUGACCAGUUCCACUUCCCCAGCUCUUCCUGGCAGCAUCAGGAACCCAGGCACCCCUGCUGGAACACCCAUAAUAAAGCUCAACCCUGAACUGAA